AUGGAAAGAGAUUUUAUGGGUUUGAGUUCAAAACAACCACUGGCUGUGGUUAAGGAGGAGGCUAACGCUGAUGGGUGUAAAGAGAUAGGAUUUACUAAAGGUUCAGGGAUGCAGUGGCCCUUCUCCAACCAGGUUUCUACCCUUCGUAAUCUUAUGUCUUUCAAGGUUGCUCAAGAAGAUAAGACCAAAAAGAUUGGAUCUGAUGGCCCGGUGUCCUCUGGAUUCAUGUCUGUCUCAAGUGCAUGUGAGCCUGGCCAAAAACGCUCUGCGGCUGAAAUCCAGUUUUCACUGACUGCUUAUCCUGUGCAACAUUGUGUGCUUUCUGUGCAUCAACUUCAUGAUGUGAAGAUGUUUCCAGUCAACAAUCAUGCAAUUUCAAUUUCUAUGGGCAACCCUUUCUACAAGAAUCAUUAUCCAGCCACUGGUCAGAAUAUGGCUGGGACUACUAUGAAACCACAGGUGCUUGGAGGAAUUCCUGUCACAGCUCCACAUUCAAUUCUUCCCACAGUUGGUUCUGUUACUGGGGUAACAGACUCUAGUGUCAAAGCAUCUGGGUCUAAUGCUCAAUUGACCAUCUUUUAUGCUGGCACAGUCAAUGUCUAUGAUGAUAUAUCCCCUGAGAAGGCCCAGGCAAUCAUGUUCUUGGCUGGAAAUGGGUCUUCCAUUUCAUCUAACUUGGCACAGCCAAAAGUCCAAGUCCAGGCAUCUAGCUCAAAGCCAGCAACAGCUGAUGCAAGUCCCGUGAACCAACCUGUAAUGCCUACUCCACCAUGUUCUCGUCUCUCUAGCCCAUCACAUACUGGUGCACAGUCAGGGAGUGGGUCAACUAGUACUGAGGAAAUCAUGGCAACCAAAACUACAGGAGCUGUGACCACUCCUGUUACCAAACCAGAGCAUCCAAAGACAGCAAAUGUAGUGGAAUCUGUUGCUACAACCACCAUGAUACCAUCUGUCCCUCAGGCUCGAAAAGCAUCCUUGGCUCGGUUUUUAGAGAAGCGCAAGGAAAGGGCGUUGAAUGCGGCACCAUACAACCUCAGCAAGAAAUCUCCAGAUUUCGCCAACCCUGAACCCUAUUAG